AAAACAUACUUUAGAUGUGUAAGAACAUAUUUUCCGUGGCCAGCAUCGCCAAGAUAAACAAUCUUGAUGUAAAAUUAACUUGCGGUGAUAUUACCACCAUGAAGUGUGAGGGUUAUGUCAACAGCUGUAAUUCGUCAUUUUCUCUGUGGAGGGGAAUGCUGUCAAAUGCAAUACUAAACCAAGGAGGAGAGCGUCUAACUGUGGAAGUUGGAAAUUCCGAUGCGGCAAAGAGUAAAACUAUGAGGUGUACGUCUGGUGGGAACAUGUCAGCAUGUAGAAAUAUAUUUCAUAUCAAUUUACGGCGGGUUCAAGACGUGGAACGGGAGGUCUUAAAUGUUUUACACCAGUGCGCAGAGGCUGGAUUAAAGUCUCUGGCUAUACCAGCCAUAGGAACAGGUAAUCUGAGGUUCAACCCAAAAGAAGUAAGCCAAGGCAUAAGACGAGCACUGGAAAAAUAUGCAGAUGAACAAAAUACAAAUAGGUCGCUAAAAACCGUAAAUAUCGUUGUGUUUCGACCAAAUAUGCUGGCAGAUUUUCAAAAUAGCGAGCUAUAAGACUGUUGUAUUUACUUGUACUUAAUAGUUAUUGCAACUAUAUUCCUAGCAUGAUUGUAUUUGAAAUAUAUAGUAGGGUGGGGAAGACGGGACACCUUUAGCACAUAAUAUCCAAAUAUUUUGAUCGUGUUUUAAACAAUUAACAACGGUCUAUAUGGGAGUCGUGAGGAUACGGGUAUAUCAUUUUUUGACUAUUCUUUGAUUCCUACGAGAAAUAGAAUGAAAUGGUGUCCCAUUUUUCCCCACCGGACUAUAUUUGUUAUUUAUACUCGUGGCGGUGCUACUUAGUUAAACACGUUUUUUUAUUGCGUACUGGGUGAGGUUUCAUAUACCCCGUGCCCACUUAUAUUUUUACCACAUUUUGUGAAUAUUUUUGUGUAGCCUCAAUUUGACAACCAAUUAGUGGCCACAGGGUUGGAGGAAGGAUGCAUACACCUACAAUAUUAGCAGUUUGGGAAAAUAUAAGGACACUGAAAUUAUAAAGAUAAACGUAUAUAGACUAUGAACGUCUUCAUCCUAUAUUUUGCAUUCAAUUUAUUUUAUAUAGUUCUUUGCGUGGUUCUGUUAAUUUUGUAUUGGCAAUUUUAUUUUGUUUUUCGUUCGCUGUACUAUUAUUUUGUGUAUAUUAUGGCCAUCAUUUUGUUGCAAUAGUCAAACACGAUUCCAAGUUGUUUUUAUAGUGAUUCAGUAAUGAUUCCGGC